UCUGAGCGUACUGGGGAAAAAAGUGCAACUGCAUUGUGUGCCAACUCAUAAAUAGUCAGUUUAUGGUACAAGCUUCUGAACAACAUAACCAUUAUAGGUCAUCGUGUCUCAAUCGAAACAGUUUUGUACAUUUCUAAAGAGUUUGUGUUGCAGAAGGAUCAUGGGCGCCAAAGGGUCAAAGAAGUCAAACAGGGCAACCGUGGACAAUGCUGACCCCGGAAGCGGUAUAGCAGGCAAUGGCCAGCGCGACGAAACGCCUUCAGGCGAUCCUAAGCCUUCGGUUGAGUCCGGGAAAGAUGCGGCUGUGAGCUCCACCGAAGCGGUUACGGCUGCCCAAGCGGUUGAGACGUCGAGUGCGCAGGAUCGAGCCUCGGGAGGUGCAGGCACGACUCCAGCUACGGAGUCCAGUAAGCAGGAAGCUACGACGGACAUUCUUGACACAACAGGGGGCUCAGGAAAAGUGGUUUUUCCAGCUCACUGGAUUGGUUUUCGCGAGAUAUUCGUACAGUAUAUUCCUGGUAAACCCUACACUCUCACCGAGUUCGGUGCCCAUCUUUACUCCUUUAAUGGACCGCAUGGACGCCAUGAGUUCAGGGCUAUCGACGGGUCAGGAUUGGCUAGAAAGGUUGGACUGAGAAACCGUGACGUCCUUUUAUCCAUUAACAACCUAACCUCGGGUCUGACCAAUUCGAGUCCUCUGGCGAUUCUGGAAUGUUUGACGGACAUUGGACCCAACAUAGCCUUGGUGGUUGAGCGGAACGGAAAUGAAACGUGGCUGUUUGCUUUUCAUCUAGACCAAGAAGGCAAUCGACCGAUCGUCAAGGAGCUCUUCACCCAUAAAUUCGACCAUCACAUCAGAACGUUUCCUUUUUCCGUGAUAAUUCCUCCCAAUGCUGCGUUCGAUGUUGCUGCACAGUAUACCUACGACUCUUCCACACCCGUCCAGAUAAUACUCAAAGAAGAUGACCAAUACAUGGAGAUCGAUACCGAAAAGGCGACCUUUGUGCCAGCAUCGCAAACUUUAACUCUGAAUCUCUACGAAAGAAUUGACAAAAGGAAUGAGGUCGGCGACGGGGGCAUCCCCGUUGCCAUUUCGACAUCGACGCCGCACUCCAACGUCGAGAGGGACGCCGAGUCUGGAAGCUACUGCCACGACCCAAUGUGCGUCGAAGGCGUCUCCGAGGGUCCUUUGGGUGUAGUUGUUUUUCCAUCCUGGAUGACGGAACCGAACACUGUGAUUCCACAGAAUAACAUGUUCUUCCUCACUAGUCUUGAUCCGACAGGUGAUGCUGUGUUCGAGGCUGCAAACACUCCACAAGAACUGUACAUGAUAUCAUCAGUCGAUAACCAAGACCCAAGCGUGUUGCUUGCUAGCCUUGGAAAAUCCAUCGCCGACUUCAGGGUAAUCCGCGUAGAUUCGGGAAGCCAGACGUCACUCAAGGACAUUUUCUUGAGGCUUGCAGAUUCAGAACAACGACCGGAAUCCUAGACUACAGCAAUGGUUG